AUGCACUCUCUUGAUGUGCAGAUACCCGUCUCCCUUCAUUUCGUUACCCUUCUUUCUCCCCUCAAAUCGUUCCGCACGUAUUCACCUCUUCUGCACCACAACGUGCAGCUGGUGGCAUGUGUGGCGGCGCCACUGGUGGGCGACCUAUUGGACUCGGCUCCCAGGGUGCCCGCUCUCACAGCCAUUCUCGUCACUCAGUCCUCGGCCAUCAUGGUGGGAGCAGCAGCCACCAUGCACGCGCUGCACCUCGCCUUCCCUGACGCAGAGGCAGCAGCAGCUGCUGCCGGCACACCCGGCACGUCAGCGCUGUGUGUGCUGCCGGCAGCAGCGGUGCUGCAGCAGGGGUGGUUCGUGGUGGUGGUGGUGGCGGGUGCAGUGGAGCGACUCAUGGGGCUCGCAACAGGCGUGGCCGUGGAGAUCGACUGGGUGCUUGUGGUGCGUGCCGACAAUAGCGUAUUCGUCUCGGCUGAGUCGGUGCAGGGGGCAGCACUCUUUCCUGUACCAAUGAGUGCAGCUUCUUGCGUGGUGGAUGCUGCAGCAUGCACAGUACCAAGCAAGGAACCAGCACGGCUAGAGCUCUCACCGACCAUAAUGCGGAGGGCAGAAUCGGCAUGUGACAUCACACCCAUUGCUCCAACCAGUCCAGCCCGUGUCACAGUAACCACCGCACUACUGCCCAGUCUUUCACCAGCGGAGGGGAUUCUCUGGAGAUACACACAGGCUGUGGAAGUGUCAGGGUUGGCAGUGGGAGCAGCGGCAGGAGCAGCAGCAUCAGCAGUGGGGAGAGCAGCAGGGAAGGGGUUGAGAGUCUUUAUGCAGGAGGCGGUGAUGCCUGCGAGUAUGGCGUAUGUGCUGCUGUGCUUCAAUGCUAUGCUUGCACCCGGGGUGCUCAUGACCUCCUUCCUCUUCCACCACGGUCCGUUCCUCUGCCUGCCCCUCCCUCCCACCACGCUCAUUGCUUCGUCCCCUCCUCCCUUUAUCAGUGCCAAAUCUCUCUAUUGCAACCUGUUUUCUCACUUGUGGGUGCGGCUAAUCUGUGCCUCAUGUGAGUGUGCAUGCAGGGGUGGGCAUGGGGGUGAUAGGCGCAUUCAGCAGCGCCGGUGCUGCCAUGGGCUUCGCUGCGUCCUUCGUGUCGCCUGCACUCGUGGCACGCCUCGGGAUUCUGCAGCUCAUUCCUCCCUCUUUUUCUUUCACCCUCGUCCCCUCCUCACUGCUCCCCCGUGUCGCUCACGGCAGGCGGGCAGCAUCGCGCUUCUCUUUCAGGCCACCAUGCUCGCCCUCUCUGUGCUUGACUUCUCCUCUCUCCCUCUCUGCCCUCCCUUUCUCUACCAAGGCCUGCUCAUGCUCUUCCUCUUGCUUCUGGUGCUGUCUCGCAUCGGCCAGGGGGUGUACCAAAUCGUUGGAUGUCAAAUCAUUCAGGCUGUCCCUGCAGCAUCAGCCAACCUGUUUGGGACCACGGAGAUGGCCCUUAGCAGCCUAGCAGAGCUCGCCAUGCUCACCCUCGCCAUAGUCUUCCAUGAUCCCAAGUAUUUUGGCGCCCUUGUGCUCAUCUCCUGGGCUGGCGUCCUUGCUGCUGCGGUGCUCUACUGCUCAUGGCUCGCCUUUCCCGACCCUAGGCUGCAGACGCUGUUUCCGACUCAACCAAAGGUUCAGUGGGGAACAGUGUUUUGGUGGGGAAUGGGACAGGAGGAAAAGACAAAGGGAAAAGGUUAUCCUGGGUGA